GCUGUAGUUGAUCAGUUCCCCGUCGUGUCUCUGCAGGUGAUCCACAAACACUUCUACCUGAAGCGGGUGGAGAUCAUGUCUCAGUGUGAGGAGUGGAUCGCUGACAUCCAGCAGUACAGCAGCGACAAGAGGGUAGGCCGCACCAUGUCCCACCAUGCUGCUGCACUCAAGAGGCACACGGCUCAGCUCAGAGAGGAGCUCCUGAAGCUGCCCUGCCCCGACGGCCUGGAGCCCGACGGAGACAACUUCCCUGAACGCAGCACGGGCCUCAAAGAGCUGCCAGGCCCCCCCGACGCAGAGAAGCCGGGGGGCAGCCAGGACAGCGAGGGCCAGCUAUGAGUCCACACCCCCCCCAUCCAUUCCCAGCAUCACGUCCCCCCCUCCUCCCUCCUCAUGAUGAUUAUUACUCUCCAAAAGACUUGAUGGCUUCAGAGCACAAGCCACCACUUUGUCAAUAUUUGUAUGUAAAGAUCUAAUAGCAGAUAGCGGGGGGGGAUGUGGGAACCGUGAGACGAACUAUGAAGUAUGCUACGCCCUUAUGAAAACAGUCAAAAAACUUUUAUUUACCUGUAAAAGAGUGUAAACAUUUUGUGCUUUUUCCAAUUGUGAAAUAACCACUGAUUGGUAUGUUAUUAAACUUGUUUAUGUAUACAUAAUGGCAGAGAAGACAUGACAGAUUAUAUAAGGGAAUGACCUUUUAGAGAAGAAUGUUUACUGAAUGUUAAUUUCCUUUUUUCUUUUUGACUGUUAGAGCAAGAUCAGUUGUAACCAAGGGUUUGGGUCAUUCUUUAAGCAAACUAUUUAAACAUGAGAGAAAAGAGAACAGGAUGUGAUAAAACGCCCCGCCCGCCGGUCAUCAUUGCUUCUUCUGAUUUCUCCAGGAUCAUACCGCUUUAAUAUCGGCUGAUGGACACAUUUUAAUGCUAUGUUAUCCCUUUUACAGGCUCCAAAUUAAAAAGCACCAUUCUCUGGAUAAACGUUUUGUUGCCUCUCAGAAAUCUCCAUGAGCGUUUUGCAUCAACAUGACUGUAGAUCGUAAGACUGUCAGAGCAUCAUGGGAAAUAUAUUCUGAAGGCUGGUGCAUGUGUAUGUGUGUUUUCUGUGCGUGUGCAACAAUCCCCAGUGAGAUACAGAGCUGUGAUGUGCCUUUGAUCUACACCAUACCACCAAAUACUCCAACAGAGUACCUUUACUGAUUUCUUUGCUAUUUCUACAAAAUUAACGAUUCUGCUCCAUCUGACAAACUGCUUUGAUCUUUUUUUAUUAUGUCAAACCUCAGUGAAAAAAAAUGCACUUUCUAUUUACUCACUCCUUAGAACAGUCACAUUCUCCUUUUGCUAGGACAUUAAAUGGAGCUUGAAAGUACGGA